AUGCUCCUGUUUUUGAUUUAUCAUUUACCUAGACAAAACAAACAUGUUAGUUACCUGCCACCCCUUCAAAGUAUGCUCGACCAAGGUUACCAAAUGCCCGGAUAUAGUGGCGAUCGGUUCCCGGAGCUGUCGGCCGAAGACAGGGAGGACUACAGCUGUAGUAUAUGUCAGGAGAUAUUCAACACUCCGGUCACCACAACCUGUUGUCGGCAAACAUUUUGCGAGGAAUGUAUUAAUGAAUGGCUUAAUACUAACAAUACCUGUCCUAACGAUAGGAAACCACUGACACGUAAUGAUUUGUCCCCCGCACCAAGAUUGGUGAUUAACCUAUUAGGCAAGCUGAUGAUACGGUGCGACUACUGGGACUAUGGGUGUCACAAAGUAAUUAAAUUGGAUGAAUUGGUCAGACAUACAAUCAAAUGUCGCUAUAAAGUUGAGAAAUGUGUGAAAUGCGAGUGCGAACAGAGGCCGGGACACGACUGUAUCGCCGCGUUAUUGGCCGAAAACCGUGAGCUGAAAAAGAUGCUAGCUGCUGAAGUGAUUAUAAACAAAGCGACCAAAUAUAUGGACAAGGUCAAUUUGGACGCAAGUGGAUCAAAGCAAAUAGCGUGCGUGAAUGGACACCACGAGCUCAAACCGGGGCACGACUGUAUCGAUGAGUUAAGGGCUUUUAAAAGUCAGGCCCAGUUGGAGAUCAAUAGACUAAAACACGAGCUAGAUGCCGCUAAACUGGCCCUGGUGUUAAACACACAAGCUUUAAGGCAGCAGCAGAUAAUUAGCAAACAUGUCAACGGCAACAGGGCUUAUACAACUGACCACCAGCUACUACUCGAGUGUAGGCGACACGUGUCGGCACCAGUGCUGUUACACAGCAAUAUGAAAGCCGAUGUGACCAAUAAAACACUGUGGAUAAUACGCGACAGUUUGAUCAAGCAGAAUAGUUUAUACCACGUGUGCAAAAAUGUGGCUGAUGCGAUGGACAUAGAGUACGGCACUAGUUGGCUCUGUAUUGCCUGCCCGAGCGAUGGGAGACAGGCUUAUUGCAUAGCUAAUAGGCGUGAAUUAAUGAGGGUCAAAAUCGGCCCGUUAACUCUACUUCUCUUUUACACUAAAAUGGUGAACGCGUCGAACCUGAGGGCCAGAAUCAGGCGCAACAAAAUGGAUGGCAUUAUCAAAAUAGUGAACUCAAAUAUGAACCCCGAAAUGGUUUUGGCGGUUAAGGCAAUGGCUGUGGAGGCCAUCGACCGGUCGGACACUUUCGCAGACAUAGCCAUAGAUAUCGCCGACCAAAUGGACGCCACAUAUGAUAGUAAGAGCUGGGAUGCCGAUCGGUUCCCAGAGCUGUCGGCCGAAGAUCGGGAUGAAUAUACGUGUAGUAUUUGUCAGGAGAUAUUUAAAACUCCGGUCACCACAACCUGUUGUCUACAGAUGUUUUGCGAGGACUGUAUUAAUGAAUGGCUUCGGCAUAACACUACCUGUCCUUACGAUAGGAGACAAUUGACCAGGAGCGGUUUAACAAAGCCACCAAGACUAGUGAUGAACACUUUGAAUCGAUUUAAGAUACAGUGCGACCACUGGGCUAAAGGUUAUAACAAACCCAAAUGUCCUAAAUGUCAAUGCAAUCAAACGCCGGGUCACGACUGUAUCGCUGCGUUACUACACGAAAACAGUGAAUUGAAAAAGAAGCUAGCUGACCAAUUGGUAAUGAACGAGGUCUCACAAAAUACGAGCAUGCUAAAUAUUGGCGCUCAAGAAUAUCGCCCGAGUAGUCAUAGCGGACAUACGCCAGCGCUGGAGAACAUCUCUACUUUAUAUGCGUUUAAACAAAACGCCCAGGUAGAGAUUGAUAAAUUAAAGCAGGCAUUACACCAGGCUAAUCAUGCCAUGAGAAAUAACCAUGCACUCACCAAUCGUAGCCAGUUUCUAAAUGACCGUGCUAAUAUUACCGAUCAUCAGCUAUUACUAGAGUGUAGACAACAUUCGCGGGCACCGGAGCUGUUGAAUGACAAUAUGAACCCCGAUAUGAGAGAUAACACUCUGGCUAUAAUACGAGAACAAUUGGUCAAACAAAGUACCCUGUACAAUGUGUGCAAAUAUGUGGCAAAACAAAUGGAUCUGGAGUACGGUGUCAGUUGGCAUUGUAUGACCGAUCGUGGUGACUCUGGGCUACCCUACUACACGUACGAUCGAAUGGACACAAGUAUGACUGCAAAUAUGGUGGAGUCCGUUAAACAGAUUACAUUUGAGGCCAUCGCCCAAUCGGACAAUAGAUACACAAUCACACAGUUUAUCAUCAAUAAUAUGAACACUCGUUUUCCUGAUAUGGAUUGGCAGUGCAUUAUAACGAUGAUAGACGGUGCCUACAUUAAUGGUCCGCCAAGACUUACAAGACAUGUGCUAACAACAGCCCACAUAUAUGGCAAUACUGUUUUUGCGGCCAAUUAUAAGGCAAAAACAGCCGAUUACUUGACCACUACUCUUAAGCCACAGUUGGAUCAGUUGGUGCGAUUCACACCCGAGACUAUCGGCAAAUACCCGACUAUUGGCCAGUAUUUGGAUCGCUUCGAGGCGUUGCCGGCUAUUAAUGCUUAUCAAUAUAAACUCCAAUUAUUGGCUAUGCUGUUCAACAUUGUAAUUAAUAUACGUAUUACGGGUCACAUAAACGCCCUGAUCGUCUACCGUCGUUAUAACGCACUGCCAAUCCAUACCUAG